ACGUCAGCCUCCGACCUCCGAUGCCCCCAGUGGAGCAAGAGAGUUCGCCAGGGCAGCACGUACAACCAAGUCUCGUAAACAUCAUGGGGUUCUAAAUACAAACGAGAAUGGCGCGAAUUUUGACACUGUUUAUCAACUUGGCGGUAAUUUCCUUCACCUACGGAUUCAAUGGGGACAGUUUCGAGUUGGAAUGUCCCGACGAGUGCGACUGCCACUAUUUCCGAAUCAACUGGGUGACAGACUGCUCCGAGAGCAAUCUCACUGAGGUGCCUUACGAGGAGUUGAGCAUGAGCGUGUAUAUACUGGAUUUGAACGGCAACAAUAUAACGACGCUCAAGGCUUUCCCGCCUGAUAUCAAGAUGAGGCGACUGCAGAUCGCCGAGAACAGGCUCACGAGGGUCGACAGAGAAGCCUUCAAGGGUUUGGAGUAUCUCAUCGAUGUGGACCUCUCUGGGAAUAACAUUACUUACGUGGAUCCCGAAGCAUUCCUAGAUUCACGAGGACUCCUGAAUGUUGAGCUACAGAACAACCCAAUCAGCGUAGUCGAAGGCCCAUUCCUGGUCUCACCCACUCUGCAGUUCCUCGACCUUAGCUCUUGCAACCUGUCUACCAUCAACACUCAAUUCUUCGACAACAUUACGGCGCUCACCACCGUCGAUCUCUCCAACAACCCACUCAACACUUUGGACGCAGGAAUCUUUGAUGUGUUAACAAGUUUAGAUACGUUAAAACUUAAUGACUGUAAACUUACUUCUAUAAAUGAAAAUAUUUUUUCAACGCUAAGCAACUUGAAAAAUCUUGAAUUAGCGGGUAACCAACUUACCGAUACUGACUGGACGGAGUUGCUUGGCAAACUGACCAGGCUUCAAUACUUGAACAUUAGAAAGACGGGUAUAACAUCACUUUCUGAAGAUACAUUCUCUAAUUGCACUAACCUGGUCACACUUAUUUUAGCUGACAAUGAAUUACGCGACUUGGAUGUCGCAGCUACAUUAGUUAACAGUGUCAAUAAUUUAGAGUUAUUAGAUCUAUCGAACUGUAAGAUACAGGGCCCUAUUGCAGGCGAAGCGUUUGCCAACGCAACUAGGCUAAAAAGUCUUUAUCUUUCUGGUAAUCCAUUGUUUGCUCCAGAUUUACAAGAAGCAUUAGCUCCUCUGCCAAAAUUAGAACGGCUCUUCUUAAGUAAUUGUGGUUUACGAAACCUUCCAGACAAUUUCAACGUUUUUGAUAAUCUACAAGAGCUGGAUAUAUCACACAAUCCGCUUGUUAAUGUUUUCACUAAAUUACUAGCCCCGUUGGAACACUUGGAAUAUCUUAACAUGGGAUACAGUAAUCUAUCUUACAUAGGGCCUGACAGUUUCUCAAAAAUGACAUCGAUGAAAAGACUUGUUCUAUCCGGGAAUGAUCUCUUAUCACUAGAAGCCGGUCUUUUCGGAAACUUGACUCAAUUAACAACGUUGGAACUCGAAUUUUGUGGAUUGAAAAGACCAUUGAAUGCGAACGCGUUCUUCAAGAAUUUAACCUAUAUGGAUUUACGUGAAAUCAGGCUUGGUGGAAAUCCUCUGGUCAUUCCAGCAGCAGGGCCAGUCUUUCCUAAACAACUGUCGCAAGUAACAAAACUUGAUCUUAGUAACUGUAACAUUACAAGCCUCAAUUCAGAUGCUUUCAAGAAUACAGAAAAUAUUACGGAGCUGAAUUUAGCAGGAAAUAGAAUUAAAUCUGUAGACGGUAGCUUGGAAUUUUUGGACCGAUUACGCCAGCUAGAGAGGCUCGAUUUGAGCAAUAAUAAUUUAACAACGAUCGACCCUCAAGUGUUCGUCAACAAUCCUAAAAUACAUUCUUUGAACUUAAUUGGCAAUCCAUUUGUUUGCAAUUGCAAGAUUGCUGAAAUGUGGGACUGGGCGAAUAUGAUAAAAGGUAACUUAGAAGUUCUAAUCGGUGCCAAGAGUGCUGAAAAAGAUAUCGUCGUGAAGGGCAAUAAGAAAAAGAAGCAUCUGUUUUGUCAUUACAAUGAAACCCAGUUGCGCAAUUUGACUCUAGCCGUUAACAAGACAGUUCCUGGUAGGAGGCCAUUCAUGAAGCCUAGAGAAUUGACGUUCGCUAACAGAACUUGGGCCAAAUACGUGAGAGAAUCGGGCUGCGAGCCAGUGGUGAAGAUAUUGCGACCUGUAGCGCUCGUCGCUGAUCUGUUUGAUGCUCACGAUGGUCACAUGUCUGCAGGAGCUGUAGUGCUGCUUAUGCUAGCUUUGGCUUUAGGUGUUAUGACUCUCGCAAUGACGAUAAGAUUAUUCAGACGCCAGAAAAGAACAGAAGUGGACACAGAGACAAAUAGAAAAGUGAGAUAGCAAAAAAUGAAAACAAAUUAAAGUUGCAUGAAGAAUUUUAAGUGAAAUCGUUAAUCGAAACCCAAGGCCGCUUAGGCGAGGUUGUAAAAUUAAUGGUUAUAUAUUGUUUCUACUAAGUAUAAAGUUUUUUAUAUUUUCACCCAGUGACGUAUUUAAAAUAAUACUAUAAGGAUUUAGUGUUUAAACAAUUACAUUAGAUUUGGUUAGCUAGUCUUACACAAUAAUUAAUUAGUUUAGUUAAACUUAAUUUGAAGGUGUAACUUUCAAAUAAAUACACUGUGUAAUUAAUUUAAUCCUAUCAGUAUUCAUAGGUACCUAAGUUCACCGAACCAGCAGCGUCCCCAAAAGUGAUAAUAAACUGUAAAUAUCUGA